AUGGGGAGUGCACCAAGUAAAGCAAAGGAUUGUACUAAUAAAGACUAUCCUGUCUUGGCUACAAGCGUGUCGUCGGAAGAAGAUCUUCCUGUGUUUAUGCAACAGGUUGAAGACAUUGAAAAGGAACGGAUCAAAUUACCAAAUCCAGGGCUUUAUGAGAAUGCUCCGAAUGAAUUGAAACCACCCGUAAGUCCCGAUGCCUUUGAUGGGUUUCGCUUUGAUUUUACUCGUAUUCUUGGCGCUCGUUGCUCGACGUCCCAUUCCUUCCUUCUUGGUACGCCUAUGAUUCCUGGUGGUCUCUAUCAAUUUGGUGCCAAUGUUGUGAUGGGAGAUCCCAUGGAUCCAUCUACGUUCCUUAUGAGUAAAAUAACACCGGACGGCUACCUUGACGCCCGAUGGAAUCAAAAGCUUUCGGACAAGUGGAAAAUGCGUGUAAAGUCGCAACUUAAAAAUGAAGAAGAUGGGUCCCAGGCACUCGCUGACUUUGACUAUGUUGGAGACGACUUUACGUGGAACAUGAAGGUCUCUAAUGGCCCGUUAUUUGGCGUUAGCUACCUGCAGAGUGUCACCCAGAAGAUUGCCCUAGGUGGUGAGGCCUAUUACCACGGCAAGCAUCGGAAAGUCAUUUCGGCCUAUGCUGGCAAGUGGAGCGACCGUGACUGGGUUGGAAUGGCUACGUUUGGUGCUAUGGGCACCUUGCAGCUAGCAUACCUUCGCAAGGUGAGUCACCGGAUUCGGUACGGGUCGGAGCUUGUGUACAAUCACUCGUCAGGUGAGGCGCAGACAACCUGCGGAGUGGAGAUGGACCUAGGUCAGACACGGUUCGUGUCCAGCGUGGACUCGACCUUUCGAGUAGCGACUAGCAUUGAGUCGCGUGUGCUGCCGAACUUCGUGCUCUCGCUGUCGGCCGAAGGCUUUCCGCUCAAGGACGACUUCAAGUUUGGCUACGGUGCACAACUUUCAUUCUAG